AUGUGUGCAUACUACAAUAUUAACUACUUUGAUAUCUGUUUAAUUGACGAGGCCACACAGUGCACCGAGCCGUGGACCCUGCUGCCGAUGCGUUUCGGCAUUCCGCAUCUGGUAUUGGUGGGCGAUACGCAGCAGUUGCCUGCCAUCGUGCUCCCCCAGAAGGCUGUCGAUUUCGGCUUGGCCAAGUCAAUGUUCGAUCGCAUUCAGCGGAGCCUGGAGAAGCAGCAGGCGGACCAGCCGCAUGCCCAUUUGUCCGUUCACACCAAACUGUUCAAGCUGACCACGCAGUACCGCAUGCAUCCGGAGAUCUGCAAGUGGCCAAAUCGCUACUUCUACGAGGAUCAGCUGGUCAAUCAAGAGGGCCUCGAGAGGUUACUCGCAACACCCAUACUUCCCUACGCUGUUAUAAACCUUGGCUUCACCAGGGACACCAGUGAUCCGAAAACUCGGAGCAUUAGCAACGAGGAGGAGGCUCGCUUUGUGACCAAGCUGCUGACGGAGAUGGACAAGCAUUUGCCGAGCAAACGCUACGGCUAUGGGCUGAUCUCGCCGUACAGCAGCCAAUGCUAUGCGCUGAGCCAAAUGCUGCCCACCCACAUGAGGCUGUCACCACCGCUCACUGUGGAUGCCUAUCAGGGCAUGGAGAGCGACGUGGUCGUCAUUUCGAAUGCCAGAACACGCAGUAGCGGAUUCCUGGCCAACUACCAGAGACUCAAUGUGGCCGUUACCAGGCCCAGGCGCUGCCUAAUCAUCUGCGGCAAUUUCAAUGAUCUUCAGAACGUAGGCAUGUGGGGCGACCUGCUGGACGAUGCCCGCAAGAGGGGAAUUUACUUUGACUUGAAGCGUGAGGAUGUUGCCAAUCUGAGGGAGUCCUUGAUAAGCAAACUGCUGGUGAAGCCCUAAGUGAACGGGGCAUAGGAUGUAGGAACAAUGCGUUACAGUGCCUGAGGGCAAAGCCCAUGAAACGGGUCUUCCCCAAAUAUAUAGAAUUUAAUGAACACGCAAGAUUUAGUUGGAUUUACAUACAAUCAUAUUCUCAUUUUUUUGUUCUUUUGUAACAUUAAUAAAGGACUGAAAGUUUCGAUUUCUUUGUACACAUAAUUUGCUUAAAAACAUUUUCCGACCUGCCUUAUCCGCAUUUCCUUCGUAUAUAACAGGAUUUAUAUAUGAAACUGAAAGUU